CAUAAACACUUGAAUUUAGAAAAUAGAAAUAGAAAAUGUUUUUAUACCAAGCAUAGACUGUAUUUCUCUUUUUUUUUAUUUUGCACCCUUUUUGUAUAUGUAUAACUUCAGUUACUUAAACAGGUUUUAAGCAUGAGUAGACUUGGUGCAGCUGGUGCAGUGGCUCAACUCGUUGCAGACGUACCCUUGUCAUCGGUUGAGGGAGCUGGAGUUGAUGGCGGAACCAACCAGCCGGCUUGGGAUAAAUGGUCAAACGAUGGCACCGAGCAACAAGUUGCGAAGCUGAUGGAAGAAGACAUGGGAGCAGCAAUGCAGUUCCUUCAGUCCAAGGCACUAUGCAUCAUGCCUAUCUCUCUUGCCUCCGCAAUCUUCAGAACACAUCAACCUGAUGCACCGACAAUCAUCAAGCCUGAAUCAACCAAUCCCUUGUAGUACAAGCCGAAAGUGUUCAACUUGCACGUACCUCACCCCGAGUUGCUUCGGGCCCACAAACCCUUCAGCAGUCACAGUCUUACUCAAACAAGAAGACAUAAGUUUAGGCUCAGGUCCAGUCUCUAACUCCUUAAUGGAAGAAGACAAAUAAAAGUCAGCAAUUCUUUUUUUUCCCCCCCCACCCCCCUGGUUUUGUCAAAAAAGAUAAAGGAGUGAUCUUGAUGGGCAAGAAGAAAGUUUUUAAGAGGGCACUUGAAGGGGGCAAUGCCAAUGAUCAAGUGAAGGGAAAGUAUUUUCAAACCAGAACUGAUGUAAUAUAUAUAUAUAUAUAUACAUAUAUUAUAUGUGUUAUAUUAUUAUUAAUGGUGGGGUUAGUGGUUGAUGACCCAAAAGGAAAACUUGGUGGGUGAAAAACUUUGGUUUGCUUUCUUUUUAGAAGAGUGGUGGGAUUGUGGGGUCAAGUAAAAGGGGUGGAUGGGUAUGUGCAUUUGAUGUAUUUAGGGAACCAUUUUUAUUGCAAGUUGAAAUUAGUAAUAAUUAAGUAUUUUGGUUUAA